UAGCAACAGUUGCCCCGGUGAGGACGAAGCGCCAUAGCCACGGUAGCCCUGGCGACAAGAACCCAGCAACGAGAAUCAACAACAACAGCCUGAAUCCUUGAAAAAAAUAAAAACAAAAAUAUCGGUGGGAAAUUCACUUGGAAUCAGAGUGUCUGAGUCCCAGUUCUCGUGAUGGCCACGACAGGCUACGUUGGGGAGUUGCAGCCCGUGACGACCCAGCCCCAAGGGGCAGUGAGUGGGAGUGUGACGGUGGCUGGACAGUCCUCAGCAUCCGCUGCCCCACACACCGUGGUAGCUCCUACGCAGCAGUUCCUGGCUCAGCUUCAGACCACAGUGGGGGCUCCUGCAGCCGCAGCAGGACACAUCACACCCCCUGCACAAGCCACUCCCACAGCGUCACAGAAGACAGCAGUUGUCCAGGUGGUGCCCACACAGGCUCCUCCCCCCCAGACCCAGUAUGUGACGGCUGAGAUCCAGGGUUCUUCAUCACAGGCCAACAACGCCCAGAACGCCCCCCAGUACAUCGUAGUCACCGUCACAGAGGGCUCUCUCCAUUCAAGUGACUCUGUGUCUGACUCGAGCCCUCCUCCAGCUGUGGUACAGCAGACUGGGGUUCCCACACAGGUGGUGCAGCAGGUGCAAGCAGCACAGCAGAGGUCAGUGGUGCAGGCAACGUCCCAGAUCACAGCCAAGACUGAACAGGGUAUCACCACCCAGCUGAGUGUCACCAAUCUGCAGCCUGUCCACCUCACUCAGGAGGUACAGCAGCAGCUCCAGCAGGUGCCAGUGCAGCAUGUGUACACCAAUCAGGUGCAGUAUGUUGAAGGGGGAGACAACAACUACACCACCAGCACAAUUCGCUCAGGCAGCUUCACCUACACAGACACCCCUCUGUACACUCAGACCACUGCCGCCCCUUACUACGAAGCCCCUCCCACCUCUGGCUCACAGGUCCCCACCACCGGCACACCCCUGACCGUCUCCGUGACAACGGGCUCCACCGGUGGUGUGUCUAUGUACGUGGCUGGCACAGGCCAGAUUGUGGCCAAUCCGGCGGCCACCUCUGGGGGUGGGGCAACGGUGGUGGCGACAGGGGGAACAGCCAAUGGGACUGGGGAAGGGGCGGGGGCUAAUGGAAGCGGGGGCAGCUAUGUGAUCCAGGGGGGGUACAUGCUGAGUGGCAACAGUCAGGGGGGCUACUCCACCCACAACGCCCGCUCCUCUCCUGCCACCGUCAGUACAACAGAGGGCGAGGAGGGUAGUGGCGUACCGUCGGCAGACAAAAAG